ACUAGACACACGAAGCGAUACACGAUAUUUUGCGCGACAGUCGCGGCGACGCACGAUAUUUUAUUAUUCACAUAUCGCCCAUAUUAUCCGAAUCUCUCGUAUCGCGGUCUUAUUUCAGACCGCGACACUAGAAACACGAAGCGAUACUCGAUAUUUUGCAAUUAAAUGCAAUAUCCUAAACAAUACAGAUGCGAUAAAUAUGACGAUGAAAAUAAUGAUGCCAUGAUGGUGAUGAUAUUGUUGUUGUUGUUGUUGUUGGAGCAGAUGAUGAUGAUGAGGAGCAUGAGUUGAGGAUUAUAUGAUUGCAAAUAAACAACAGUGCUCUUUGCUAAGACGUUUGGCUAACACUAAAGCGCAGAGCUAAAAAUAACUGACACGACAUUUUAACAUACACAGUUUACAAAACGCUCUGAUAAACAAAUGUCGUCACUUACCGCAACCCUGUUUAAAUAUCAAGUACAUAAUGUACGUAUAUGUCAGGUGAAAUGAUAACUUGCUUAUACUGGUUAUGUCAAAGCGCUCUAGUAUAGUUAUCACAUUUCAACGGAUGGUUCACUGGACUGACGACUAUGUUUGACCUGUGCAUAGUUGGGGCGGGGAUGAUGGGGUCCGCGGCGGCCAGACACGCCUCGCUGAUUUCGGGGAUCAAACUUUGUCUUGUGGGACCUUCGGAACCGCAGGACAAGGCUAGUGUGGAUCACGGUAUUUUCGGCGCCCACUACGAUGAAGGGCGGAUCACGCGGUGUUCCGACCCGGACCCUGUGUGGGCUACACUAGCUCAGGAAUCUAUCAAGCGCUAUAGGGACAUUGAACGAGCCUCAGGAAUCUCUUUUUAUUCUGAGGUGGGAGCACUUAUGGUCGGCAAGACUGAUACACCUUACAUUGCCAACGUAUUCGAUGUUGCCAAGGAACAGAACAUUCCAACCAAGCGCCUGAACAGCGCGGAGUUGCAGGAACAUUUUCCUUACAUAAAGUUCAAUAGUUCUGACGGAGGGCUUUUCGAGUAUCAGAACGCCGGACAUAUAAGCCCGCGAAAACUUGUCCAUGCGCAGAAGAUGCUCGCAAUGAAAAACGGGUGCACAUACAUUGAUGACGUAGUCACCAAAGUACACAUGUCUGUUGCUAAGAACGGGGAUUACGUCAUGAAUGUUGAGACAAAGGGCGGAGAUAAGGCGAUAGUAUGUAAGAAGGUGUUAUUGGCCACGGGCGCGUUUACAGAGCUCAAUGCGUUACUGCCCGGUAUAAAGGUUGACCAGGUGCUGUGUCCACUCACGGUGUCCUUGGUCGAGGUCAGCAAAGAGCAAGCGGAGCAGCAACUCAAGUCAAUGCCUUCGGUGAUCUAUCGAGGUGACGGUCACGCCUCCUGGCACAGGGACUUCCCUAGAUACGAGGACAACGGGGUGGGCUACUACAUGCUUCCGCCUAUAAAGUACCCGGAUGGACGUUACUACAUAAAGUUGGGGCAUUUUCACGGUACGGUCCUAAGACGUCUCCAAGGGUCGGGAGAGGUGAAGGAGUGGUUUCUGAAUGGAGAUCAUCAACUGGCCGAGCAAACCGCCGCACUGAUCAAAUCGCUCUUUAAAGAUGUUCCGAUGUCACGUUGGCAUGGUGACAGCUGUGUUGUCGUGGAAACGCCAACAAACCGUCCCUACAUAGACAUGGUACAUGCCCAGCUGGGGGUGGCAAUUGGCGGGAACGGCUAUGCUGCAAAAAGCAGCGACGAGAUCGGUCGUAUUGCGGCAAUGAUGAUGUUACGCGAAUGGGAUUCACCCAUACCACGCGACGUUUUUCAAUUAAAAACGAUAACUGGAAAACCAACUAUCACAAAGUCGAGGAUAUGAAUGUGAGCAUAUACUUUGAACGAUUCUGAUAUGACAAAUAUUGAAUGAAAGUUUUUAGUGCACAUCAUACUCGUUCAGGAAAACAAUAUGUUCAAAAAUCAAAGUGUAAAUGUAUUAUAUCAUUAUGAGUUGUGAAAUAGCAAGGGAACUGUUCCAUUAUUCAGAUGCAUAGAUACCGGCUAUAGGUACUUUUCAUACUUUUGAUUAUUCUUACUUUUGAUUAUUCUUAAAAUAAAUGCAGUCUCGUGUACACAA